GUUUACUUAAGAAAGGAAUCUCGCCUAACACAUGGCGUGCAGUUCCGGCACCACCAUAGCCGCCGUCCCCGACGACAUCAUCCGGACUCACAUCCUCACGCGCCUCCACGGUCCUGCACUCGCCUCCGUUGCCACCACAUCUUCCCAAUUCUACGCCCUCUCAACCGACGAACGCCUAUGGGCCAGUGUUUGCCGAUCCACGUGGCCUUCCACCAGCUCUCCCCUCGUCAGCCGCAUCAUCUCCGCCUUCCCUCAUGCUUCCCGCUCUUUCUUCUCCGACUCUUCCACCACUUCACGCUGCACUCCUCAACAUGUGCACCCUCAUCCAGACCGCACGCCCCGGCUCAUCUCCGCCGUCGAUCUUUACUACGGUCAACAACUCCUACUCUCCAAGGUUGUAGAAACCGAAACGGUGUCCGGUUGGUUCAGGUGCUCGCCGUUCCGGCUGGACCUACUCGAUCCCAAGGACGUGGUUCAGACUCCGGUGCAAUACGCAAAAGACGAAAACGCGUAUGGGGAGCUGAGGCUGAGCUGGAUAGUGAUAGAUCCGGAGGGACGGCGCGCCAUGAACUUUUCUAGCCAGAAGCCGGUAUCGGUAAAGCGUCACUGGCUGAGCGGCGAGAUUCAGGUACGGUUCGCGUCGGUUCUGGCGGGAGAAAAAGGAUCCGCAUCAGAGUUGGCACUGUGCCGGUUGGUCGUGAUGUGCGGCGGGACAGAGGGAGGGGAGAUGCAGGUGAGGGAGGUGAGCAUGGAGAUGGAGGACACGGAGGGAAUGCACAUGAACGGGAGGGAGAGUUUGGUGAUGCUGCAGAGAGCGAUGGAGGGCAAAAGGGGAAGGAAGAAUGUUGGGGAGGAGGCGGAGGAAGAAGCAAGGAAGCGAUACAAGGAGUUCAUGGGGAAGAAGAAGGAGAGAAGAGAGAAGAAGAUGAGGGCAGAAGGGAGAUUGGACAUGAUCUGCGUGGCUCUGGUAACGGUGUCGUUUGCCACCGUAUGUUCCAUGUUCGUGCUGUGGUGAAUCAUUUCGGGAUGCAUCACUUAGGUCGCGUGCAUUAAUAUCCAAUUCCCAGCCUUUUUCCCUUUCCCUUGCUUGGCCAUCAAAUAACAUAUGGCCACAAUUAAGGAAAGGAAACGGCUAUAACCAUCGCGGUGUAUUUCAAAACAUACAUGCAUAUAUAUAUAUAUACACAGAGUUACAAGGCAUCAAAUCAAAGCUUUAAUUUAACCAAUUAUCCCAUAUUUAUUGCC